CUUAGCCUGGUUACCGGACCUAUUUUAGGUCCAGGCUCUUUUAAUAUCCUCCACAAAUCGGGGAGGAUAAAAGACUCUCUGGGGCCGUCUGGAGAUUUCCUGACACCAGAAGCGCACCUAGCGGUUAGCUGUGGAACAACAGGUUUCACUGACAACCGGAAGUAAUAACUUGACCUUUAUGCAAAUUGCCUUUUUACUGAGAGCGCAUGCGUUCAUCCGGGCAUUCCGCUUCCACUGUUAGCAGCUGCAGUAUCAGUAUUUUGGUUUGUUGUCAAAGUGUAGUUGUUUAUGUCUCCAAAAUGCACGACUUUGUGACCCUUUAGGAGCGGCCAUUGUGUCAUAUUGUGUGUUAAGGUUAUUCUUGUAACGUUUGACGAGGCUCGAAGCUCAGGGAAAGGUGUUAGGAGGGAACGCCGCGCGGUUGAAGUGAAGGCGGAGAGGUAGAGGCAGGCAGACAGGAGAGAUGGAGAAGGUUGAGGAAAAGGAAGAGAGUGACAAGGAGAAUGAAAAGAAAGAAGAGGAAAAGAAGGAAAAGGAAGAGCAAGAUGCUGCGGACCCUCCAGAAGCCGAGACUGAUAAACCGAAACUGCCUAAGCACAGAUACAACAAGGAAGAGUUAAUGAACUUGGCAAAAUGUGGGCCCUCCAAACAGAGACCAGCUUUCCUAUCUAAAGAGUUUGACAGCCCGGAGGGUAUCUGGGACCCGGAGCGAUGGCACGCGUCCGUGUCGGGAAAGCGUUCUGCUACCAGCUCGCCAGCACCAGACGAUCACAAGCGCUCACGAACAGGCGACACGGACAGGGAGAUUCGACGGAAAUCUUUCGCAGAUCCCCGAGAGCGUGUUCGUGAGGAUGACAAGGACGGCAUAGUCCUGAGCCCACAGAGACGCAGUUUUGGCAGCGGCUGUCAGGUCACCACUCAGACAUCCAACAAUGAAAAAGGUCGAGGUAGCCCCAUGGACCGCCUGGAUAGAAGGGAGAACGAGUCAGGGCGCGGGAACCAGCGUCGGAUCGGCAGUGGGCGCCUGAACCUCUACGAACGAGAAAGAGAGGCCGCGAGGGAUGGCCGGGACCUGGGCCGGGACGGCCGAGACCGGGACAGAGAUUUCGGCAGGGAUGGGCGGGACCGGGACAGAGAUCUAGGCAGGGACCUGAGAGACCGGGACAGAGAUCUGAGAGACCUCCGGGACAGAGACUUCGGGAGAGGUGAUCGAGAGAUGGAGUUCAAGGAACGCAACAGGGACAGAGGAGGCAGAGACCGGCAACAGCAUGAUGCCUCGAGACGCUCAAGACUCCACAACCGUCCUGCGGAGGAGCCGGAGUGGUUUUCGGCGGGCCCCACCAGCCAGUCAGACACCAUCGAGCUGGGAGGCUACGAGGACUACGUGGAGCGCAAGAAACGGGACAACAAGAAAGGCAUGUUCACGAGUGAAACCCUGCCCUGUGAAACCGACAGUGUUGACUUUAUGUUAAACGGUGAAGUGAGUACCAAACAGCCUGACAGAAAUGGCAGUCUGGAGACGAACAGCUCGAGUUCUCCUGAGAUGUCCCAGGACGGGGAGGGGCGGGAGCGUGGGGCGCAGCCUACAGCUGCCAACAGUGGAGACUUCAACUUCGACGAGUUCUUCAACAUCGAUGGAAACAUUCCAGGCUUUCCUAUAUCUCAGAGCCCGGAGGAGAGUGCAGCUGCCAGCAGCAGCCGGUUCAGCCGCUGGUUCGCCAGCCGAGGCAGCAGCCGCAGCAGCAGUCGCAGCAACAGCCGGCCCGGUUCCCGUAGCAACAGCCGCCCCAGCAGCCGCCGCUCGUCCAUCCACGAGGAGCUGGAGCGGCUGACAGCCGGGAUGGAGGAGAAGGGCGGACACUCACCGGUCCCGCCGCCCGCGACGUUCAUCUACCCGCCAGGCGAGCAGCACAACAAGGUGAACAUUCUGGAGAUGCUGAGUAAGGCACGGAUCCCAGUCCACCCCCUGAUGGAGACCAUGUCACAGAAACAUCACCAUCUUCAACAGCACGCUGAGGCAGGCAGUGUGAAGAGUGUUCAGGAGAUCGAGGCAGAGCUGAAACAGAUGGUGAUACAGAACCAGCAGCAACAGGGAGAACAGGCAGGACCACACAGGGCUCCACAGCACCAGCAGGCCCCCACCCAGCAGCCAGUGUUUCCACGGCAACUCCCGCCAGAACACCAGCCGGGGUUGCCACGGCAACCUGUCCCCACCCAGCAGCCGGCCCCACCCAUGUCAGGCCAGAGGCAGGGAGGACCUGUGGGCGGACUGUCGGCAUUUGACAAGCUGGUGGCCUCCAUGCAGGCGACGGGCACCCUGCCACAGCAGCCGAAAGCACUGGUGAGACCAGAUGGACGCCCCCUGUCACCUCUGCAGGUACUGCAGAUGGACAACCAGAAGGCCCAGAGAGGGCCAGAACCUCCGAAGGAUGUCAUUCAGGAGCUGAUGAAACAGACAGGUGCAGCUGGCCACCCCCCUCUACAGCACCCCCCCAUGGUCCACCCCCAGCGACCCCCUAGAGCGCCCUCCCCACCCCUCCUGCACCGACCCCCCUCCCCACACGACUUCCUCAUGGCCCAGGGGUCCCCCAGGGUGCCAUCUCCACUCGGUUUCUCUCCCGUUCCCUCCCCCACUCCAGGUAUGAUCGGAGGGCUGCAGGUGCCGUCCUCCAUCCCAGGACAGCUGCCAGGCUCCCCCAUGACUGGACAGUACGGCAUGUCUGGAAGCCCGCCCGGAGUGCGUCCCCCGUUCGCCCGUGUGCCCUCCCCACAGGAGCUGGCCAUCCACACACAGCGCAUCCUGCAGGAGGCUGUCAUUAAGAAACAGUUAGAGAAGCAGCGGGACAACAUGCGGCGUGCUCACUCCCCCAGCUUCCACCCACACCCCCCUCCCCAGCACAGGCCUCCACAGCAGAUGGGACACCCCCAUGCAGGCCCUCCACACGUAGGAGCCCCACAUAGGGAGCCUCCUCAGGGAGGCCAGCACACACCCACAUCUGCAGCUAGCAAGCCCCGUGUUCCUGCCGCCUUCACCCCAACGGCCGUUAUCCGACAGCUGCACAACAAGCACGCAGAGGACAUGGACAAGGAGGAGAAGGAAGCAAAGGACCAUGGGAACCGAGACUCGCCCGUAGCCAGCCUGAUGAAGGAGCUACAGGACAAGAACAAGGAAGACACUGACGGACAGGAGCAAAAGGGUGGACAGGAGGCCGACUCCAACCCGGACCAGCGCGCUCGCAGUCCCACAGAAAUGGCCAAGAUUGCCGCCGCCAUCAUCAACAAGCGCCUGGCCUCCAACCGCUCACCCGUCAGCCCCCACCCCCUCUUCGGCCACCCCGUCCCCCAGGUUCCCGUCGGGAUGGUCCCUCGCGUCCCCAUCCACCCCGGCAUGGGAAUGGUUCCUCCCGGCGUGGGGAUCCCACCCAACCACAUGUCCAUGAUGCGUGGGAUGGUCCCGCAGGGCCCCCACCCCGCGGUGGCCAUGGGUUUAGCCCCCCCAGGGAUGGACAUGCGGCACCUGUCCCUGCCCCCGGGCUCGCACCCCCACCCCGCCAUGCUGCAGCAGCAGCUGGCCAUGCAGAACGGGCUGGGGCAGCAGGUGGCCAUGCAGCAGCUCAUGCAGCGCACCAUCUCACCGCAGCCCAACAGAACUGUCUCACCACAGGCACACCUGCACCAGCGACCAGACAUCAUCACCAGCCACACCACCCAGAACGGCCCGGGCGGACCCCUGGCUAAGUCCCCGACCCCCGCCGACAACCUUGCCAAGUGGUUCGGACAGGACGUGCUGCGCCAGCCCAUGCCUGCCCCCUCCCUCCCCUCCGGACAGAAGGUCCUCUCCCUGGACGACCUGGAACGACCCCAGCAAGCCGCCGUACAGUAGAACAACUGCUGCUAAAGAGAUCUUCCACUGAAAAGCUACUAACAACACAAGGAACCAUUCUUCCUCUCGAGAAGAAGAAGAUGGGAAAAGAUUGAUCCAUUUUCGUUUUGUUAAGUUGAUUCGGUUUUGUUAAGGGAUUCAUUUUGAUAUAAGCUAGGAUCACAAGUUUUGAUGGUGAAGAGGUAAUUGUGGGGUUUUGUUGUUCAGAAGGAGUUCAAAGCGAAAGAAUUAUGUCGAACACAGGUGAAGUCGUAGCGUUUCCGUUGGAAGGUUAUUUGUAAAUCAAGAUGCAAUGCCUUGUAAAGUGAUGCUGGCAUUUCAGGCACCUAAAUAAUAAAUAGGUUGCCUGCAAGCCAAUCUCUGACAGAAUGACAGGCACCGAUGGGGUUUACCAGGGGCAGUCUGUGUAAAGAAUGGAAGUAAAACAAUCAACUCUGUCCAACUACAACAAUGGAACAACUUGUGUUACACCCAAGAGGCCCUUCAUUUGCAAUGACUAUGUUGCCCCAGUUUUCUUUCAAGAGUGAUUUCUACAAAAUUGCAUGACAUUGUGGGAGAAAAUCAACUCAUAAAGUGCAUAUAAAAAGGUAUACAGCAUCAGUCCAUGAUUGCAGUUACUCAAUAGCAUGUGUCAGUGACUAGUAGCAUUGCCACUGAUUCCUACUUAACCAACUUAUCCGGUUCUUGUCCAUAUUGGUUGUGAAGCAAAACCGUUUUCGUGCAACUUCUCUUUUCAUAGCAAAAACACGUGAAAAGUGUAUAAACCGUCUUGAAAAAUUGUAUAUCUACAGACUGCCGUUGUUGUUGAUGUUGUAUUCCAGAGACUGUAUAAAAUCAGUGCCUGUACACUGUCCCUAGCGUAUAAAGCCUCCCCUGUACAUGUAUAUUCUGCCGUUAACUUCCGUCUCUACAAUACCGGCAGCAUUUGCAGUUGGAAUGCCAUCCUCGGACUGGGGUUUCUAACACAGCCUUAGAUCAGUGUGCCUAGUUCUUUGGUGUUACAGACGUGUAUAUGUGUGUUAACGUUCCUUGCCAGUAAUAUACCGCUUGCAUGUAAAUACUGCAUUGUACUCAAGUGUUUGUGUCCUGUAGCUUUUGAAUGGUGAGAGAUGGGUGCGCAUUCCAACUGCUUUUGCUGUCUGACUGUGGUGGUUGUUUCUUUUUUUUGUGAUGCCUCAGACCAGAGGCUUUUUUUGCCCGUUUCAGGGUAUAUUCUAUGUAUAAAGAAGUGCUACCACCCCCAUACCACUAUGAUCACAGUAGGGGCUAUCCAGUGGUAUACGUGUAGAAAGUUGUUUCAGUUGUAAUGGUUGAAAUCUAUUUAUUUCACCUUUGCUGUAUAAGUAAAUGGUAAGGGGCAAUAGGAUAUUUCUUUUUACAGUAAAAGUCCCUGUCCAAUUUGUAAACAGUACUAGUAUUUGAAGCCAGAGCAAUGUAGGAAAUCUGGUAACAAUCGUAACAGUAACCUCUGUGGUAUGGACUCAAUCUGUAUCAUUCUGUAUCUGUAUAGCGGGUAUAACACACCCUCAGUGUAACACACCAGCUUCUGUAUCUGUAAUUGGGUAUAACUGCCCUUUGGUGUAACACACCAGCUAUUGGCUACCAGAAAGAACAUUUCAUCAGGUUAAACUUCCAGUUACAUAGAGUUCACAGUAGCUGUUCUUUUAAUGCAGUCAGUACACAGAGCCUCUUUCUAGCCGAGUUUUAACUGCACCUGAAAGUAGGCCCAAAUCAAUUUGCCAGUUGUAAUAUCUUAUGUCCUGGUGACCUAUACCGGUAACUUGUCAAAUUACUGGUCAUGUGAAUAGUUGGAUACUUUAUUUUGAUCUUCAACACCUGUAUGCCCCUGAGUCAGAGUCUGCUUCAUACGACAUACUUUGUUUGAGAAAGAAAGAAAAAAUUAUGUUCUGUGUCAUAAAAAGGGAAAAAGUCAUGUCUAUUUUGUAUUACUAUGUGUCGUAGAAAGUAAAUUACGGUGGAAAGCUUACAUGUUGAGCUCACGAAUACUUGUGCAACUAGAGAGAAACCAACCCUACACAGUUCCCAUGAAAUGUUGCAGUAUUGUGUUAGUAGAUUCCCCUUUCAGAGAAAUGUAUAAAAGGGUUGAUACCAAGUCUAAGUUUAUAGAAGACAGAAUGUGUUGGUUCAAGAAAUUAUUUACAUUUUCAAGAGAAAUGUAUUCCUUUUGCUCUUUCUUUUUUGUGAUGCCCUUUUCUGUUUUGCUUUUGUGAGCUCUUGAGAGAUGUAAAAUGACAAAAAAUGGCUUGUAUGCCCAACUUCCAUGUUAAAUAAACACGAGUAUUUGGUAAUAAA